AUGGCAAUCGAAUUUCAUUGCAGUUUCCCAUUCUUCACAAAUCUGUCAUAUCCAGAAAAAAAAAAACAUUUAGUCUUUCCCCGUUCGUUCAUUAUUGAUGUUAUCUUUCGUCCAUUCUCAUUUUCUCAUCCGCUAUACAACAAACGCCGCCAUAUCCACCGGAAAACCAGCGAUCAAAUUUUCAGCUCUAAGCUAUCGUCUUUAUCGUCAUCGUCGUUGCCGUCGUCUUCUUCUUCUUCUUCUUCUUCUUCUUCUUCUUCUUCUUCUUCUCUCACUUCUCUCCUUCUUCUUCUUCAUCUUCUUCUUCUUACAAGCUUAUUAGAUAGUCUCUCUCUCUCUCUCUCUCUCUCUCUCUCUCUCUCUCUCUCUCUCUCUGUCAGUUCUUCAGAUGUCCUUUAUUUUAUUUCAAAGGUCCUUUCCUUCAUCAUAUUUCCAUUUCGCAUCAGAAAAAGGCGCAUUCUUCCGGCUUAA